AUGAAAUUGAAUCGAGCAACGAUACGCCCAUUGUUGAUCAAAAUCCCACCAACCAGUGCGAGAGAUUGCUAUGGUCCUAAAUCCGUGGACGGACGAUGGUCAGCUUGGUCGCCGUGGUCCGCCUGCACAGCUGACUGCAAGCACCACAGACGACGCUCUUGUACCAACCCAUCCCCGUCCAACGGGGGCAAAUUCUGCUAUGGCAAAGACUCGAUGACUGCCAACUGCACUGGAGGGCUCUGUGGAACUGGAAAGGAAGAUGAAGAAGGCUCACAGUUAACUGAAGCGGUCCUUUGUCCUUUAAACUCCGACUUGAGAGGAAACAAUCACGCCCCGAGAUCCCGCAGAUGUUUACACCUCGGCGAAGCUUCCGGGAAACGCGUCGAGGAAUCGAUUAAGACGUGGGAAACCACCGGGACGGAAAUCUAUGCUAGCACUCCAGACGGCCGUGGAGUGUCUGAAGAAGACGAGGAUUUGAUGGGAAGUAUUCCCUCGCGAACACAUAAUCAAAGCAACCCUCCUCAGUGUAGCCCUACAAUAUUCAAAGUCCCUGCGGGGAAGCUAGGAUAUAGGGGAAGCUGUAAAGAAGGUUCUUUGCAGAGCUUUGUCCUUGCCGAAGACAGGGAAGGAGAUUCCUUCGUCCUCCUUCAAAUAAAAUAG